AUGAAGCUGGCAAAGAUUGUUGCCGCAUCUUUGGUUUGCAAGCUCGAGGCGGUUGCCAUCGAGGGCAAGACCAAGGAGGUUCUUCCGGAUCCAAACCAGGUUUCACUUCCUUCGGUGCCAGGUGUGGUGGAUGCCGGCACGAAUGGCUUUCCUGAGCUUCCAACCGUGUCUACCAUGCUGUCUGACUCUGCUCAGACGUUGAACGGCAUUUCUUCACAAGCACAGCGAUUGCAGGCGCAGAUGCUGACGGUGCAGCAGGAGAACGCGGCACGCAUGCAGCGCCAGAAAGCGGUUUUCGACCGCAAGCUGAAGGAGCAGGAGCAGAAGAACCUGGACGUGGUGAAGGAGAAUGCUUUGAUUGCCAAGACCAUUAUGGAAACGAAGAAGGCAAACGAGGACCUAUUGCGCCAUGCGCAAUCCCUGCAGAAGGGAAACUCGCUGCGCCACAACGAACUGAAGCUGCUUCAGGAUCAAUUGGCUGCAGCACAGAAGUUCCUCACAGAGUCUGUUGAGCAGACUGACGACAGCAAGGCGAAGGAGCUUGAUGUGCUUGCCGAGGAGAAGGCUACGUCAAAGAGCCUUUCCUUGCUGGCGCUUUCUUCGACCUCCGAGACGGAGCCGGCCGAGAAGAUAGAGGCCAAGGCUGGAGAGACCGGCGAAGCCGAAAGUUUGCUCACGAUGUUGGGCAGCGGCAUUAAGGCAUUGAAGAAGCAAGGGCAGGAGAGCGAAGCCAAGCUGAAGUCACUGUUCCUUGCCGACUUCCAAGCGGGAGUGCGAAGGCACAAGGCUCUCCUCAACCAGCAGAAGGUUCUGAAGGAGACCUUGGAGACCAUGAAGACUUACCAUGCCCGCCUUGAAUCGGCUGACAAGCACCUACAGGCUACCCAGACCACCAUGGAUGGCCGGCUCCAUGAUGGUGGCAUGUUCAUGCAGAAGCUCUCGGAGUUGACCAUGGCUCACCCGGAGGACCCGCGGCAUUUUGUGCAGAUGCGCAGCUCGGUCAAAGCCAAAGCCGACAAUGUCCUGCUGGCGUUUUGCAACACCAACACAGCAUCACAUCAUAUCACAUCCACUCUGACUCACGGCCCUUUGAAGAGCUUGAACCCAGAGAUGCAGGACUUCCCCCUGCGAAGCUAUCACAGAAUCCUGGGCAGUCGGAACCGACUUUGGAACUCAAAAGACUAUGACUCCUGCGCGCUGCGAUGGCAAAGCGAUCCUCACAGCCAUGGGCAGUCGCACCUUGCCUGGGCUUCCGCUUUCCAACAGAAUGCUGUUGAGGUCUUCUCCUGCGCCCUCAUGCAGCAAUGUCAUUUCAUGCAGCUUCAUGAUUGCGCCAGUAAGGCCAAAUUUCUCGCCGCUCUUGCCGCCAUGCACCUUGCCGCCAACAUAGUUCCUGGUGGUCAUAUUUGGAGAUCUGCGUGCCCUGACGUCAUCCAGCGAGUUGAGGCUCGUGCUUGGAGCUCUGCAACCUUUCUCGCCCUUGCCAGGGAAAUGCAACCCAAAGUUGGUAGAGGGAGCAAGUCAUUGCCAGCCAUGCUCCAGUCUGCUUGCCUUUGGAUGCCCAGUGCUUACGCCUCUGUCUCGGGGGCGGUCACUGCUGCCAGCGCGGCGCUCGAUCACUCAAUGCGCCGAGCGGAGAGUUUCAACGCUUGGACGCCUGCUCCACCUGCUGACGUUGAAUUGGCCGAAGCUCAGCUAGCUGAAAUCCAGCAAGCUGAAGCUCUGCCAAUUGAAGCGCUCCCGCCGAAUGUGGCGGGACCAGCAGAGGGGCCUCUGCCAUCUUCAAAGUUUGGUUUCUACCUCCAUGUCUAUGCUGAUCCAGCUGCCGUAAUUCAUCAAGUUCGGCAGGUGAAGCAUCACUUUCCUGAUUCUCCUAUCUAUGUCAUGAGCGACGGCGGAAUGGACUUCAGCAGCCUAUGCAAGCAAGAGAAGUGCACAUUUACGCUGUGUCCGCCAGCGAAUGAUCGCUGGCAUCCAUGGCCAUUUUUCCGUCGUAUCUACGACGCUGCCUUGAGUCUCAAUACUGAAUACCUCAUCAUGCUGGAGCCCGAUAAUACUGUUCACAGCCCGGUCAGACGACUGCCACAACACGAUGUGGGUGGCGUGCAUGUCCCGAAUCGCGCCUUCCAGCUUGCAGAGCAUGUGGAGAAACUAGCGCAGGAACGUGUUCCUGGGUUCCGAUGGAGUGCCGAGAGCAUGCAAGCUGGGCUCUGUGGCGGAGCUUAUUUCCGCACCGAGGCCGUGCUAGAUGCAUUCUCCGAUGAAAAUGUGAUGCAGAUUGAUUGGAAUCUGCUUGGAGAACGUGUUGACAAAGAAAUCUUUUCCUCGGAUUUUGCGAUGCAGUAUGCGCUUGCAGCUCGAGGGUGGCGAGUUGGAAUUUGGGAGGAGGUUGCGCAGAUGGACAAAGACAAGGAUGUGCCCCUUGCUGGCCCAGCUGACGCCGCCUUCCGGCAUUAUUGUUCCUGCUACCCUGGCGGCAAGCCAACCUACAAUCUACAACUUCGGAAAGAAGAUGAAGAUCUCUUUAGUCCUGCUCCGCAAGAGUACACUGUCCCGAACUCCAAUUGCCAGCUAUGUUACAACCUCGACAGGUACGUGGAGAACUGGGGAAGUGCCAAGUGCACAAACCGCCUAGGAUUCACGUACUCGCAGAAGCUGAUGGACACGUACCAUCCCGAAUUGAAAAGCAAGCCCUGCGACCUGCCUUUUCUCUGCAAGCCGGAUGGCCCAGUGGGACGUAGUUGA